AUGUCCAAGGCUCACAAAAUGGCAUGUGAGCCGCAAGGCACGGCCGAUUCAGCCAUUCUUGCACCUUCGAAGGAAAUUUUCCAAGAGGCAUUCAAGAGAAUGCGCUCAGGUGGGAGUGCCAGAGAUGGAGGAAUUGCCUCGGACAAGAAACAGCAAGUCCGCUGGUGUUUAGCUGAAGCCGCAUUGGACAUUGGCCGGGAGGUCUUGCAGCAUGCACGUUGCAUUGCAAUUACUCGCGGCAAACGAAAGGGGAGACUUUUAGUUCGUUGGCGAGCAUGCCGUGACGACUUGUCUUCGGCCUCCGGAGUCUUUGGCCUUGCAAGUGCAGAGGGCUUUGCAGACAAUCUGCAGAUCGGGCUUGCUGUGCCGAGAGGUUUCUUGAACACGGCCUCCAAAGACCUGCAGAAGCAGGUGGAGCAAAAUAUCCGGAACAAGACAAUGGUACUGGUGACCGAUGGGGCAGCUCCAGAACUCCUGGCAUCUGCUUUAGUUUCGGGAAGAAGGCCUUUUGCUCGCAGCUCUGCUUGUGAAGAAUAUCUGCACGGCGUCAAAGUCAUUGGCAGAGAUGCCCCACAUGCCACGACGAGGCUCUUGAAGCGCCGUUCCGCGCGAGUCAAGAGCUGA